AUGGCGGGCCCCGCGCCCCGGCGGCGGCUGCGGCUGCGGCCGCUGGCGGCGCUGGCCCUGCUCCUGGCGCUGGCCCCCGCGCUGCCCGCAGCCCGCGCCGGGCAGGGCCCCCCGGUGCGGCUCUUCACGGAGGAGGAGCUGGCCCGCUACGGCGGGGAGGAGGAAGAUCAGCCUAUCUACAUGGCAGUGAAAGGAGUGGUGUUUGAUGUCACUUCUGGAAAGGAGUUUUAUGGACGAGGAGCCCCCUACAACGCCUUGACUGGGAAGGACUCCACCAGAGGGGUGGCCAAGAUGUCCCUCGAUCCUGCAGACCUCACCCAUGACACUGUGAGCCAGACGGGCCUCACGGCCGAGGAGCUAAAAUCCCUGGACGACGUCUUCACCAAAGUGUACAAAGCCAAAUACCCCAUCGUUGGCUACACGGCCCGGAGGAUACUCAACGAGGAUGGCAGCCCCAACCUGGACUUCAAGCCCGAAGACCAGCCCCAUUUUGACAUAAAAGACGAGUUCUGAUGCUCCAGACACAGACAGACACCCCCCCUCCACCUCCCCCAGGUGCCAAAUCUCCUGCAAAAUAGGCCGCCUGAGCCUCUGGUGCCCGGACCUGAAUAAAGCAGGCGUUGAACCCAGAAUGCUGGGUGCUUGUUAUUGUCCGUGGUCAAGUGUUCUGUCCACGUGCCGUCUGCCCCCACACCAGCCGGGGUGGGAAGAGCGGCCGAAGGGGGCGCCCUCCCAGUGCCCGUGUUGGCUGUCUGGGCGGCGGAAUUACUGGUGACUUAAUUUCUUCUUUAAAUGUAUAUUUUCCUGUACGUGCCAAGUUUUCUACUGUGGCCACAUUGGCUUUAGAAUAAGCACAAAAAUAAACUUCGUGUUUUCACAAGAGGA